UCAACAUAACAGAGCACAAUUUAUCAAUUUGGAUCAAGAGAUACGAAAACGAAAGACAUAAAAAACACUUGAAAUUGAAAAAAAGAUCAACAAUAAAGCGCCACUAACCAAGUUGCUGUAUUAUUUAUUGAAAUCAUCAUCAACAGUAUUUAACGUAAGAGCAACGCCUCUCAUAAAUUGUAAGCAAAUGAAUAACGGCCACGGGCGUCAGAAAACGGUAGUAACAGUAACAAAAGCAAAAUAAGAUACAUUUCUAGUAAAUUGAUUGUGAAAAGAAAGAACGAAAUAAAUAGCGAUUGAAUACUACGAGUGCAGAUACACUCAAGUGAGAACAAUUUAUGACGUCACAUAAAUAUAGUAACUAAUAUUAAUACAAUAAAAUCAUACAAAAGAGAGCCAGUAAAUAAUUUUCACUAUAUACAAUUCGAAUCCAACAACAAUAACAAACAAAAACUACUUAAAGAUUACUACAAUUUAUAUUACAAGCUCGCGACAUCAAUUUUUGAAAGAGUACAAUAAUACAACUGGAAAAAAUAUCGAAACACCAUCAUCAUCACCAUCAUCGUAAGAUAGAGCAAAAAAAAAACAAAGAAAUUCAUAAUGAAUAGUUUAAGACCGAACAGUGUUUGCGACACUACUCCCCUGAAGAGGCUGGAGAGUCAGAGUAGCUGCAGUGAACCAUCUUCACCGACAAUCAAUGGUGGCGUGUGUGUGGGUGUAACGACAACAGCAACAAUUGCCGCCGCUGCAGCAGCAGCAACAAUCGCUAAUGGUGGCUGUUUGGUGGGUGUUAAUGGUCUGGGUGCUACCGGUCAUGGUAGUAAUACAACAACUUCGUCAUCGACCACAACAACAAGUACAACAUUGUCGCUGAAUAGUCAUCAUCACAUUAACAGCUACAGCAACAACAACAACAAUAAUAAAAACGAGAAAAGUUUAAAUAUUUUCGGGAAUUCCGCUAUUGUUGGUGGCGUCUGCGGUGGCGGCGUAAUCGGCAUCGGACCAGGUGAUAAACACAAAAUGGAGUUGUAUGGCACCCGGAAAAUAUGCUGUCGUCUAUUGGUGGAUUUAAUAAUACUGGCCUGCGUUGGUCUACCCAUAUUAAGUUUCAAUUUAUGGGGUGAAUCGUAUAAACGUGGCUUCUUCUGUAACGAUGACUCGCUAAUGCAUCCCUACCACGAAUCUACCGUGGCCAGUUGGAUGCUGUAUUUGAUGUGUUUUUUAAUGCCAAUUGCGAUGAUAACAAUCGUUGAGUUUUUCAAAUCGAAUUCACAUAAAAUGCAUACUUUUGGCAAUUUAUCAAGCAGUAAUUACUACUUUUUGCAUAUGGAAAUACCCGACUGGAUGGUGGAGUGUUAUAAACGUAUUGGUUUGUUAAUAUUUGGUUCAGGUGUUUGUGAAUUGACCACUGAUAUUGCCAAAUAUUCCAUUGGACGAUUGAGGCCACACUUUUUUGCGGUCUGCCAGCCAAUAUUACCCGAUGGCACAAAUUGCGAUAAUCCCGCCAAUGAAGGUCGCUACAUUGAAGAUUUUACAUGUCGCGGCUUGGGUUACUCAAUGAAAAUACUUAAAGAAGCCCAUCUAUCAUUUCCCAGUGGUCAUGCUAGUUUUACAUCUUUUACCAUGAUCUAUAUAGCGAUUUAUCUACAUAAACGCAUGACCUGUUCGCGCAGUAAAAUGUUUAAGCACUUGUUACAAUUUAUGUUUCUCAUGUUCGCCUGGUACACAUCGUUGACACGUGUUUCCGAUUAUAAACAUCAUUGGACCGAUGUUUUGGCUGGUUCGCUCAUUGGUACACUGUAUGCCAUAAUAGUGACAUGUUCGAUGUGGUAGAAUGAGAAUAUCUGGUGUUAGAAGAAUGUAUUAAUACAACAUUGGCUUGGUUUACUUUCCUCAUGGGAGAUUAUUAUUUUUUAAGUCGGCGUUUACACUUGCAAUAAAAUAUGAAAUCUUUAAAAUUAACACAAAUGGCCACUUCAACAUGCUUUAAUUAGGCAAGUGUAAAUGUGUUUAUAAGUUGGGAUUAAAUCCCUUUUAAAUUUCAUUACUAUUUAAUAUAAAUAUUUACACAUUUUUUCCUUUGGUUUAAAUUGCUUUAAUUUUUAUUUUUAUGAAACAUUUAUUUAAAAUUCUUUUUGAAAAAGUUUAAAAUAUUGCUACAUUACUAUUUAAACAAAAUAUAAUACUAUUUACAAUAUAUUUUAAACUCUGUAUUAAGUUUAAUUAAUUUGUAUUUUCUAUACAUUUUACUCUGUAUUUGUGCAUUUGUAAUCUCAUUAAGUUUGUUCAUCUUUAGUUUUAAGUUUAAUUUUACAAAUUUUUAAAAGUAUUUAUUGUAAUUUAAAAUGUAUUAUUUUUACACCACACCAACAAACAACAAAACAAAAAACUCGUAUAUAAAUUUUAAGCAGAAAAAAUAAAAAUAAUAA